AUGAGCGAGCAGCAAGAGGCGGGUGAAGGCUCCGAGCCUCAGCAGCAGCAGCAGCAACAGCAGCAACAACAACCAAAAGUUCCACGUAACAACAAUGGUCCCAAGACGAGCAAUCCAAAAGGACCUAGAAUGAAUCAGAAACCCUACAGUGGGAAUCAAGGGACUCACCCAAGCAACAACAACGGCAACAACGGGAACAACAACAGUAACAACAACAGGUACAACAAGAAUGGGCAUUACAAGAAUAAUAGGAAUAAUGCUCCUCAUAGUGGUAACAUGCAAAAUAUGCAAUGGGGCUAUGGCUCGUACAACAUGGCCGCUCAACCGCAGUUUUAUCCAUCUUAUGGUUAUGGUUAUAUGCCACCAAUGGCUGGACAAGGUUACAACCCUGCCACGGCCACUGCCACUCCAAAUACAGGUGCAAGUGCCGCAGCCCCUUCGGGAUCUGCGUCUCCAGUGGAAAAUGCUGCUACGCCUUUGGCCUCUAGCACCACUCCUGUAUCCAAGAAAAUUGAAAUAACAAACAGAUCCGGCGAACACGUAGAUCUCAAUGCCAUCCACAGCCAGCAUGUUUCUUCGGUAGGAUCUCCUAAUCCAAUGCCGCAAUCUCCAAAGAAGGAACCUACACCAGUUCCAAGUAGCGUUACCUUAGAAAUUGCCGCCCCAGUUCCUUCGACACCAGAACCUCAGCCGGAACCUCCAAAAGAGCCUUCUGCUGACGAGUUGCUGAAGAUGAGAUUCUUGGAACAAGUUAGAUUGAGGAAGGCUAUGCGUGCUCAGAAAAAAACUGGUGAAACUCCUCAGGCUGCCCCAACUCAAGAGACUGCUCCAGAAGCUGCAAAGCCUUCAACAUCUGAGCCUAUCGAAACUGUGGUUGAAGAGGCUCCAAAGGCACAAGAAGCACCAAAGGUAGAAGCAGAGGCUCCAAAAGCUGAAGAAGCUUCAAAAGCCGAAGAGGGUUCAAAGGUUGAAGAAGCUACCGAUACGAAAAGUGCUGAUCUUGAAGAAAAACUCCCUGAAAAUGCCAAUGAAGAACAAGUUACUUCUACAGAAGAAACACAUGAUCCAAAAUCUGAAGUUGAAUCACAACAAAAGCCAGAGUUGAAACCAGAAUCUGAAGCUCAGCCAAUUCACGAUGACACAGUGGAAAAGAGUGAACCUGUGGAGGAAGAGGCUAGCCUUGAACCUGCCAAGCCUUUGACUUUUGCCGAAAAGCUUCGUUUGAAGAACAAAAUUCCUGCCAAGACUGAGGCUAUAGAACCCGAAGGCUCUACUGAACAAGCUGCGACCGAACCCGCCAUGUCAGAAGACGAGAUGAAAGAAUCGGCCAAUACGGAAGAACCUCUAAAGGUCGAAGAAUCCGUCCAGAUCGAAGAACCAGCUAUUGCCAGUCCGGCUAUAGAGGAAGCUGAGCCAAAUGCUGAUGAACCUACGGAGCAAGCUGAAACAAGUACCGAAGCGAAAGAAGAGCACAUCGAAGAAGGUGCUGAUGAGCUAAAGAAGUCUGCCGAAGAAGAACAAGACGCUGCUGAUGUUGACGACGGAAGAAUGACAAUGACUGAACUUCUGAGCAAGUUAGACGAAAUGAAACCCGUGGAUGACGUUUAUUCUUUCGAAUAUCCAGAAGGUAUCGAAGCUCCCGACGCCAGGCAUAAAAAGGACUCGGUCAAGUAUACAUACGGUCCUACUUUCCUAUUACAAUUUCAAGAUAAAGUAAACAUUCGUCCUGACGCUGAAUGGAGGAAAAACGUGGCAUCCAAGAUUGUCAUCCCACCUGGAACAGUAAGACAAGGUGGCAGAGCUAGAGGAGAUUCUAAGUUUGGACCAGGUGCUAAUUUCAAGAAGAGUGGGUCCAUGAGAGGUAUGGAUGGUAGAUCAAACUCUAGAUCAAACUCCAAGAGGAAAUCUAAGAAGAUGGGCGACGACAGAAAAUCUAACAGAGCCUACACCUCCAGAAAAGAUCGCGAAAAGAUGGCUGAGGAAGAAGCCCUCAAAGCUCUAGAAGAGGCUGCCCCACUAAUCCCAAGCGCGAAUAGAUGGGUCCCCAAAUCGAAACAAAAGAAGGUCGAAAAGAAAUUGGCACCAGAUGGUGUCACUGAACUACUUGAAAAGGAAGAAGCUGAGAGAAAGAUGAAAUCUUUGUUGAACAAGUUAACGCUAGAAAAAUUCGAUUCCAUUUCUGAUGAAAUUAUCGCAAUUGCCGAUCAAUCUAAAUGGGAGACAGAUUGUGUUACUUUGAAGGUCGUUAUUGAAGAAAUUUUCCUAAAGGCUUGUGAUGAACCUCAUUGGUCGUCGAUGUACGCUCAAUUGUGUGGUAAAGUUGUCAAAGACAUGGAUCCUGAGAUCAAGGAAGAAGGAAAUGAGGGUAAGACAGGUCCUAAGUUGGUGUUGCAUUACUUGGUUGACAGAUGUCAUGCCGAAUUCCAGAAGGGCUGGAGCGACAAGCUACCUACCAAAGAAGAUGGUUCUCCACUAGAGCCUGAAAUGAUGUCUGAUGAGUACUACAAAAUGGCCGCUGCCAAGAGAAGAGGCUUGGGUCUAGUAAGACUCAUUGGUUUCUUAUACCGUUCUCACUUAUUGACGGCUAAGAUGAUGUUCGAAUGUUUCCGUAGACUAAUGAAGGACUUGGCUGACAGUCCAACCGAGGAAACUUUAGAAUCUGUUCUUGAGCUGUUGAAUACCGUGGGUGAGCAAUUUGAGGGUGACCGUUUGGUCCAACAAAGUGGCUCUCUCGAAGGUUCUACUGUUCUUGAUCAAUUGUUCUACAUGUUGGAUAAGGUCACUGAAGGUAAUGAAAUCUCGAGCAGAAUUAAGUUCAAAUUAAUAGACAUGAAGGAAUUGAGAGAGGUUAAGAACUGGAACAAUGCCAAGGGAGACGAGGGUCCUAAAACAAUCCAACAAAUUCACGAGGAAGAAGCUGCCAAAAAGGCUAUGGAAGAGAGGGAGCGUAAGUAUAAGGGAAGCUCUAGAUCUGGUUCCAGAAGAAAUAAUUCUAAUACUUCUAUGGGUAACAGAAGUAAUUCUAGAAGGGAGCCGGUUUCGGCUACUAAGGACAGCUUUAUUUCCACCCGUUCUUCCUCUUUGAGACAUGUUCAAAAUGCAGCAAAGGAAGAGACGCCUCAAAAGAAAUCUGCUGUUAACAUGUUCGAUGCAUUGAUGGGUGCUGAAUCUGAUGAUGAUGAAUAA